UAAAUGCCUGCGCUGACUCACAGUUAAGCGACGUCACCACUUGCGACUGGACAUCCUUGCGUAGAUUGGAAAGACCACAGUGAGGAUCGCGGCGAAAGCGACGACUUCUUUCUGCCACUCGAAGCUUCUGUUCCGUCUCGACUACUAGAUGUCAGGCUUGCGACCGCUCAUGCCUCGCAGAACCAUCCGUAAUGCCACCCUUCCUUCCUCGAAAGCGUUCAACGCCACCUGCCUCUCCUCGUCCUACUCCGGUGAAGAAGGCCAGACUCGCAGAUGUUCUGGACGCUGAGUCAAGAAACAUUCCCGGUCUUCAAAAAUCACAAACUUUUUCUCUCGGGAGCGAUGACUCCGACUCGAGCCUGAGCGAUGUCGAUAGUGACGAGUUCGAAGACGUCUCUGCUACAGUCAACCUGCCCCAGUCUACAUUCCAAGAGGAGGACGAUGAUGAUGAGGAUAUAGAGUGGGAGGAUGCGGGCGCAGAUAGUAAGCCUGCUGUAAGCCCAGCACAUGCUCCUCUGGCCGAUGGCCCUAUCGAAUUGGUUUUUCGGAAGGACGAUAACGAGAUCGACUAUGGCACAGGAGCCGCGGCUACCUCCGGCAAGAAAGGGCCUACUAAACGCGAAAAAGAGGUCAGGGUGAGGACACAUCAAAUGCAUGUCCAACUGCUAUUGUGGCACAACUCCAUACGGAACAGAUGGAUCUCGGACCGGACGGUGCAGCAGACCCUAGUCAAUCAAUUGCCACCGCAGAUAAAGAAGGAAGUUGAGAAAUGGAGGCGAGCCAGUGGACUAGUCGUCCCGGCGUCAGAAUCUAAGGCGCAGCGUGAGACAAGCAAAGGACGUAGGAAAGGCAAGAGAGCAGCGGAUCCUCGUCAAGAAAGAGAUUGGGGAAGGCCGAGUCAACGUCUCGAGAAGGGCAAACCUGAUAUGAGCAACGGCGACCCCUUGAUUUCUCUGUUGAAAGUCCUAGCUGCGUACUGGAAAAAGCGCUUUGCAAUCACGGCUCCCGGCCUGAGGAAGCGUGGCUAUGGAACCAAACAAGCAUUAAAACAGAUCAUCUACUCCUUUAGGAAUGACGAGCACGACCCUGAACUACACGGUGAGCGCAUUCGCGAUAUCCAGGAAUUUCGUCAAGUCGCUAGGACAUGCGAGGGUUCGAGGGACGUGGGAGCUCAACUUUUCGCGGCGCUAUUGAGAGGGCUAGGAAUCGAGUCGCGGCUAGUAGCGAGUCUACAACCAACUGGAUUCGGCUGGACUAAGGCAGAGCAGCAGCUACCACGAAAACCUACGACCGCUGCGGAAGUUGCUUCAUCGUCUGAAGAGUCAGAUCUGGAUGACUCCAAAUCUAUAUCCGAGAUCACAAAGGCCAAAAGUCAGCCGAAACGUGUAGCUGCCACUGCAUCAUGGAGGAGGAAAGGUACAACAAGUAACCCUAUCGAUCUUGACUCCGAUGUGAAGGAAGCAGUGGCGGAUGUGGACUUGGAAGAGGACGACUCUGUGGUGGACGUCACUCCCUCAGUGCCAAAAAAGCGCCCAGCAAAGUACGAUCGCGACAACCCCUUUCCCAUCUACUGGACGGAGGCAAUAUCGCCGAUCACCAACAGAGUACUGCCAGUCUCUCCGCUUGUUCUAGCUAAUCCAGUUGCCUCGACGCCAGAAAUAUUGGCCACAUUCGAGCCUCGUGGUGCCAAAGCCGAUAAGACAAAGACUGUCAUGGCGUACGUUAUGGCUUACUCUUCGGAUGGCACGGCGAAAGAUGUCACAGUCAGAUAUCUCAAGAAGAGAAUAUGGCCGGGUAAGACAAAGGGCUUCCGCUUUCCGGUCGAAAAGAUUGCUGUAUACAACAAGCAUGGCAAGGUCAAGCGAUAUGAAGACUAUGAUUGGUUCAGACGCGUUAUGAGUGGCUACGACAGACCAGAUCUAUUGAGAACAGCAGUUGAUGAUAUCGAAGACUCGUCUGAUCUUGUCCCACAGCAUCCCGAGAAGAAGGAAGUCAAGGAUGACGUGGACACUCUACAGAGUCUCAAGGCAUCCGCUGACUUUGUUCUUGAACGGUUCUUGAGACGCGAAGAAGCACUCAGACCCGGCGCCGAACCUGACAGGACGUUCAUCUCUGGGAAAGGCGACAACCUCAAAGAAGAACCAGUCUAUCGUCGUGCCGACGUUGUGAGAUGCUUGACCGCCGAAUCAUGGCACAAAGAAGGGCGCAGACCCAAGGCAGGCGAGACGCCAUUGAAGCUCGUGCCGGUACGAGCAGUGACUCUUACCAGGAAGCGUGAAGCCGAGGAUCAUCAAAGACGUACUGGAGAGAAGCAGAUGCAAGGCCUUUACUCGUGGGAACAAACCGAGUAUAUCAUCCCUCCUCCCAUCGAGAACGGUAUCAUACCUAAAAAUGCUUACGGCAAUAUUGACUGCUUCGUGCCGAGUAUGGUGCCACAAGGAGCUGUCCAUGUACCACUAAGAGGCACCGUUAGAAUUUGCAAGAAGCUCGAGAUUGACUUCGCGGAAGCCGUUACUGGGUUUGAGUUCGGCAACAAAAUGGCAGUCCCUGUCAUCACUGGUGUGGUGGUAGCCAAGGAGCAUGAGAAGGCUCUCGUUGAGGCUUGGACAGAGUACAAUGAGCAGCAGAGAAAGAAGGAAGAGUCGAAGAUGGAAAAGCUGGUCCUGGACCUAUGGCGAAAGUUUGUCAUGGGCCUUAGAAUUAGAGAGCGCGUCAAUGAUACCUACGGAGACGCGGUAGAUGAUUCCAAAACCGCUGCUGGAGAAAGUUGGGAUCAGCCUGUCAAUCUCGACGAUGACGAGGAUAUGCCAGGAGCAUCUCUGCCACUCGCUGCUGACGAUGAUUUUGGGGGUGGAUUCAUUCUUGAUGAUGAAGAGCUGGCAGUACCUGAAGAUCUGGAGAUGGUGCACCAGGAUGAUCCACCUGAGGCGAGCGAGUUCAAGGGCAAAGCGCGAGAGGAAGCAGAAUAUCCGACCCCUGCCUCGAUUUCUCCUUCAAAAGCGAUUGGAGGAAGGCAGCGAAAGCCGUCGUUGCGAGAGCUUGAGGACAACGCCAGCUCAGAUCUCUCAUCCGCCCCAGUUGAUGACGAAUUUGGGUGGUACGGCAAUGAGAAUCACGAGGCUAGUAAGUACGAACAGGAAGUGCUUUCAAUGCCGAAUGGGAAUGGCGAGAUCUCUGUGCUAGUCCCUCAACGAAGCCGCGCUCACCCUUCUGGGUUUACUGUACGGAACUCGCCUCAGAUAAGUCGACAUGCUAAAUCCGAAGAUUCAGCAUCAUCGUCGGACAACAAUGAAGACGAGGAGGAUGAUUACAAACCAGCAAAAGCGGCGAGGCGCAAAGCUGGCAUUGGAAGUGCCUCAGGGCCGAAGCCACAGCGAAGAACAAGUACAAGAGCGACGAAAUUGAAGUCCCGAGCCAAAGCUCGUGCAGAACUGGACACCAGCGAGGAUGAGGAAGACGAGGUUGUGACACCUCCGACCAAGCGAUCGAGUCGUCGGUUAAGGAGGGACAGCACUCUGGUCACCAGCCCGUACUUUGAAGGAUGAGAUAGCUGUUGAUGCUUAUUGAUACCCAUUGUGCGACUGCUAGGCACAAUUGUUUCAAAAUUAUUCCCUUAAUCUGUAA